AUGAAUGAAGAAACAUUAAUUCUCCUGAUUCAGCCGUACACUGAAUUGUACGACAUGAGUGACCCGAAGUAUUCAAACCAGCAGAGGAAAGACCAAUGCUGGGAAGAUAUUGCUAAAGCAAUGAAAGAGACACCUGAAGACUGUAAGCUGGCAUGGCGUAGAUUACGAGAUUCUUUUAGAAAGGCUAAGAAAAUUCGCCAAUCAAAAAGUGGAGCAGCAGCCUCGAAGAAACGGCCAUGGAGAUUUGAACAGCAAAUGGCAUUUCUCGCCCCGUAUAUGUCCGAACGAGAAUCGCGGUCUAACAUUUCAGAAGCACUGAGUACACCAGAGUCUCAGCCUUCGAGUAUUGAUGAAGAGCCAUCUAAUAUUUCUGACGGCGACGAGAACGAUAAUGACUCAAGCUCAAUGAACAAUCAUAAUAUCAAUGCAUCAAAUACGGCAAGUUGCUCGAGUGUCACUACGGAAUCAGCUCUAUUCCGAAAAACAGCUGUAAAAAAAGAUACUGUGGCUAUAAGUCCACCGUCGGAUGUUGCAGGUGUCCUAUUAAAAUAUCUACAAGAUAAGCCGAAAAAGACGAAUGAAGAAGCUGCUGGACCUAUAAAUAAAUUUUUCUCAGCUAUGGCGGAAACCGUUAAAACAUUUCCAAAACAUUUUCAAGUGGAGGUGAAAUCAAAGGUUUUUCAAUUAGUAAACGAUUACGAAAUGAGAAUCGUAGCAAACACUACAAAUCAGGCGCCACACCCGUUAAUGCCACAGUUCAGAGAGCAACAUUAUUCCACUGACAAUAAUCACGGUCACGAGCAAAUACUAGGCUUACCGGUUUCUUCCACGGAAAUACGCCGUGACUACUAUUCCAAUCAUAAUACACACGAUCCAAGCCAAAUUUUAGAUUACCCGCCGAGAAACCUUCAAGUAGUAACAGGAGAUUCAAAUAUGACUGAUUCGUUGCCGAGUUCUUCUAAUUUCACCUUUCAUAAUUUGUGA